AUGAACCGCAUCCUGCUGACCGCCUGCAUGGUCCUGGUGGCUUUCUGUAGCUCUGGUUAUGCCCUCAGGUGUUACCACUGCGAGAACAGCCCUUCCUUGUGCAAGACCAACAGCACUUGCUUAGCGUCUGAAGAUACUUGCCUGCAGAUGAAAUUUGGUAAAUUGAGAACUUCCUCCUGCUGGAAGGCAUCCCAGUGCAGUAUGAACGAUAUCGCUGAAUUCUACCAGUUGGAUAAUUUUGAAUUCUUUUGCUGCCAACACGACUUGUGCAACGAGAGCGCAAUGACUGGGGUUGACAAAGCAGCCUUCAGUAUUGCCUCCGCAGUGACCAUCUUAUGGAUGCUCCUGUAA